CCGCCAAAAAUAUCCGAUUCACUAUUAAGCCGGAAGACCCAAGACCCAGUCCAAUCCCAAUCCCACAAUCCCGAUCGAAUUCACCCUAGAGGAAUCGUGCGCAGAGUGCCUGUCCUACUCUGAGACACGAGAAGGUGCCGAGCCGCGCGAGCUUGAGAGGUAGAGGGAUAUAGAGAGAGAGAUCUGCGCUCUAGGGUUUUGGUAUGUCCUGAUUUCCCAAGGGGGCGAGUGUGAGAGAUUUAGAGAGAGAGGGGUGAGAACGCUGAGUGCUGAGCUGAGAGAGAAGGUGGAGAGAAUUUUUCUGUUUUUUUUAUGUUUUAGGGAUUUCUCUCCCUGCUGCCGUUGGUUCCCUUUCCUUGCAUCUUGUCGAAGUUCCUCAUGGAGCAGCGUAAACUUGUGGUUUUGGGUAUUCCUUGGGAGGUCGAUACUGAGGGGUUGAAAGAAUAUAUGAGCAAAUUUGGCGAUUUGGAAGAUUGCGUUGUUAUGAAGGAGAGGUCAACUGGCCGGUCUCGUGGUUUUGGAUAUGUUACAUUUGCUUCAGUUGAUGAUGCUAAGAAAGCAUUAUCAAGCGAACAUGUUCUUGGCAAUAGGAUGCUCGAAGUCAAAGUGGCCACACCAAAGGAGGAGAUGAGGGCACCAGUAAAGAAAGUUACCAGAAUUUUUGUGGCCAGGAUUCCACCAUCUGUUACAGAAGCAACUUUUAGAAGUCAUUUUGAGAAAUAUGGGGAGAUAACAGAUUUAUACAUGCCAAAGGACCAGGGCUCAAAAUCACACCGUGGAAUUGGUUUUAUAACUUUUGCUAGUGCAGAAUCUGUGGAGAAUUUAAUGACAGAUACUCAUGAAUUGGGAGGUUCUACUGUGGUGGUUGAUCGAGCAACACCAAAGGAAGAUGAUAUGAGGCCUAUUGGCAGAAUGUCACAGGGAGGGUAUGGUGCAUACAAUGCAUAUAUAUCUGCAGCAACUCGAUAUGCAGCACUUGGUGCUCCUACUCUGUAUGACCAUCCUGGUUCAGUUUAUGGAAGGGGGGAACCUGUUCGGGGAAUGGGCAAAAAAAUUUUUGUUGGUCGUCUUCCCCCUGAAGCAACAGCUGAUGAUCUUCGCCAGUAUUUUGGAAGAUUUGGCCGUAUAUUAGAUGUCUAUGUUCCAAAGGAUCCCAAGAGAGCAGGCCACAGAGGUUUUGGUUUUGUAACUUUUGCUGAAGAUGGUGUGGCAGAUCGUGUCUCUCGGAGGUCUCAUGAGAUUUGUGGACAUCAGGUUGCUAUAGAUUCAGCUACACCUCUUGAUGAUGCUGGGCCGAGUUCGAAUUUUAUGAUGAGCAGUGUGGAUACUUUUGGGGGAUAUGGUGGUCCCAUGCGCACCUAUGGGAGGAUGUAUGGCAGCCUGGACUUUGAUGAUUGGGGUUAUGGAAUUGGGAGUGCGAGACCAUCAAGAACAGAUUGGAGGUAUAGGCCAUACUAGGGAGCGUGGUUUUGAUGGUGUCGUCUCUGCGUCACACAUCAGCUCUUUCCACAAUUACUGAUGCUGCUCUUUCUACCAUCGGCUUUGCAUUAACUCUUCUGUAAUCGAUAAAAACAGUUCGUCGUUAUGUUGGUAACUUAUUCAGUGAACAGUAAUGGAACUGGUUAUGAAAAAACGGAUUGGCGGCUGUAUCAUUAAUCUGCAGGCAUGUCUACUGUUAUAUGUUCUACUAUUAGUACGUACGCCUCUAGCUUGCUUCA